CAAUAUACCUUUUGAACGAAAACACCCAUGCUUGACAAUAUGUUUGGCUGAGCAGUAUAUAGAGAAAGUAAUCUCCUAUCUGCGUGCAGCGGUUUACCUCUUUUUGCAGGAUAUGAUCAUGUGACAGUGUACAGAAGAUUCCCGUGGAUUGCAUUGCUUUGGCAGUAAAAUAAAUCAUUGUACUUGUAGAAGGCACUGAUUGUUUCCUGUUGUGCUGUACUAUUCAAUAACUGCCCUAUCUCUGCAGUCUUUUUCAGAGCUCUUUGUGAAGUUCUUGGAGACAGAAUCGCGUCCCACUCUUUCUGGACCCAAGCUCUCUAUGCAAGACAUGGUACAUCCAGCACCUGGAAAUACAGGCACAGCCAGUUCUGGUGAGCAGAGGCGUACCUAGGGUCUCUAGCGCCCUUCGCGAAAAGCUGCAUCGGCACCCCCCCUACCCCCAGUCAUGUUCCACAUAGCAUGACUCCUAUAUACGUGCUCCACCAUGUAAAGGGAAGCUAAAGAAACAGACCUAGCAUUAUAUUUUGUUUCCUAAUCCUUCCUGUCCCAUAAAAAAUGAAUGGAUAAAUAGGAAUUGAGCUUCCUAUUUUUUCUUAGGAACAGAGUACUGCCACUAUUUGAAAUCAGUGGAACUCCUGCAAACCCUCCCACCUGCUAGUGUACAUAUACAAUAAUGUCAAUAAUAGUCUAUCAGCCUCAAAUCAUAAAUAUAUAUUUACACACACAUAUUUAUACUUGCGUGAUGAUGGUGAUGUGCCAGAGGAAUGCUUGUCACCAUACUGCAAGCAUAGUACAGGCACAUCACACCUUAUCACAAGCAUAACAGGUACAUCACACCUGAUGACCUCACAAGCACAACAUAGGUAAAGAACACUUUAUUGCAAGCACAUUUGAAGCAUGUAUUAUUAAUAGAUGAGACUGAUUUAUAACCCUGCACAGGGCAAUAUAUAAGCCACAGUAUGUACACAAGCUUAUAUGUUUUUCCCUGUGCAGGCAUUUAUAUCAUGGUAGUGUGUAAAACAUAACCAUGUGUAUAUACUGGGAUCAUAUAUUGGCUUUCACCAGCAUGGAGAUUGCACCCACCCCAGCACUUAGAGUGCACUCACAGAGCAUGCCCUAGCUCCCAGGACCUACCCUAGCAUGGAGACUGAUCUCCCCUUUCAUCCAUGUCUCUGUUUUCCUCCCUUGGAAACCCCUGUCAUCCUCCCUCCCUUCCAUAUCUCUCCCCACCAUGUCUCCCUCCCUCCAAUCUCUCCUCCACCAUGUCUCCCUCCCUCCAAUCUCUCCUCCACCAUGUCUCCCUCCCUCCAGUCUCCCCCCCCCAUGUCUCCCUCCCUUCCAUAUCUCUUCCCCGUGUCUCCCUCCCUUCCAUGUCUCUUCCCCGUGUCUCACUCCCUUCCAUAUCUCUUCCUCCAUGUCUCCCUCCCUUCCAUAUCUCUUCCUCCAUGUCUCCCUCCCUUCCAUAUCCCUUCCUCCCUGUCUCCCUCCCUUCCAUAUCUCUUCCUCCAUGUCUCCCUCCUUCCAUAUCUUCCUCCAUGUCCCCCCUCCUUCCAUAUCAUCUUCCUUCAUGUCUCCCUCCUUCAAAUCUCUUCCUCCAUGUCACCCCCCCCUCCAUGUCUCCUCCCUUCCCAUAUCUCUUCCUCCAUGUCACCCUCCUCCAUGUCCUCCUCCUUCCAUAUCUCUUCCUCCAUGUCACCCUCCUCCAUGUCUCCCUCCCUUCCAUAUCUCUUCCACGUGUCUCAUUCCCUUCCAUAUCUCUCCCCCAUGUCUGCGGCUCCCUUUCAUGUCUCUUCCUCCAUGUCUCGGCUCCUUCCAUGUCUAGCUCCUUCUGUGUCUCUUCCCAUGUCUAAGCUCCCUUCUGUGUCUCUUCCCCAAGUCUGAAAACUCCUUCUGUGUCUCUUCCCCCAAAGUCGGCUCCUUCAGGUGUCUCUUCCCCAUGUCCUAAGCUCCUUCGUGUCUCUCUUCCCCAAUGUCGCUCCCUUCUGUGUCUCUUCCCCCAUGUCUCGCUCCCUUCUGUGUCUCUUCCCCCAAGUCUCGCUCCCUUCUGUGUCUCUUCCCCCAAGUCUCGCUCCCUUCCGUGUCUCUUCCCCCAUGUCUCGCUCCCUUCCGUGUCUCUUCCCCCAUGUCUCGCUCCCUUCCGUGUCUCUUCCCCCAUGUCUCGCUCCCUUUCCGUGUCUCUUCCCCCAUGUGUCUUCCCCAUGUCUCGCUCCCUUCCGUGUCUCUUCCCCGUGUCCUGCUCCCUUCCGUGUCUCUUCCCCCGUGUCCCGCUCCCUUCUGUGUCUCUUCCCCCGUGUCUCCCAAGCCAGAAUGUCAAUGUGCUUGAUAUGCACCUUUUAUUUUUCAAGAGGUUCUUAGUCAAAAAAAAAUUACAAAAAAUGCAUAUAUGUAUAAAUUUAUAUAAUCAAUUAAAUCAGAGUACAGUUAAAUAUAGUAAAUUGCUAUAUAUAUAUAUAUAUAUAUAUAUAUAUAUAUAUAUAUAUAUAUAUACACAUACACUAAAUGGUGCAUAAAACACACAAAAAUUGUUUGGUAGGAUAUCCAAUCCAUAAAGCAUUUUUACAAGCACGUAGGUGAGGUGGUGGGACAAGAUAUAUGGCCACUGGUGAUGCUGUAUGGGAAGAAAGUGUGGACAUAUCAACUAGCAUGUAUGCACGUGGGUGGAUAGGAGGUCCGAUCAGCCUCCUGCAUGGACACAAAUGAGGCAAGUGAUUUUAAUAGUACACCUCCUAUGAUACUUAGCCAAUAUUUUGGCUGUUAACGCAUCAGAUUUUUGAGUUCCUGACUUAAAAGCUUAUCUUUUUGUUGCAAUGCAGUGUUAAAUGAGAGAAUACACUUGUAUUUCUUCUACUUGGAAGUUGUAAUCUGAUAACACAUUUUAGUGUAACUCUAUAGGCUCCUCAAUUCAAAGAUUAGCUUCAAACCUUUAACCCCUUAAGGACACAUGACAUGUGUGACAUGUCAUGAUUCCCUUUUAUUCCAGAUGUUUGGUCCUUAAGGGGUUAAAGGAAUCUCUGCCAUGUGUUUUAUUUUACUGCUUUGUACACCCUCCUUACAAAACACCCAAUGGGUUAAAGUCUCAAAGUUUAAUGUCUAAAUAUUUGCCAUUUUGUAGGACUGAAUGCUUUAAAACCAAGACAUGUUUGUUUGUCCCAUCUUUCAAACAAGUGCUUUGUAUUUUGCAGGGACAGCCAUGGCUGGGUCAAGCAGAAGAGCAGAUUCCAACCCUUUCCUGGCCCCCCGUUCAGCUGCCGUACCCCUCAUCUCAACCUCCUCCUUGGGCUCAAGCGCAUCGGGACACCUACUCAUGAAGCCAAUAUCUGAUGCCCUACCCACUUUCACCCCUCUGCCUGUGUCAUCAGAAUCGAGUGCCGGAGCAGUGCUCAAAGAUCUUUUAAAGCAAUAGACUGAUCAGAGCAAGGAGCUUGACCAAUUUUAGCACUUUAAAAACAAAACACUAUUGUAUAUAGAAGUACCCAAAGAGGCCUUUUGUACAAUCAGAUGAUAGGUUUUAUUUGGAUUCAUCUGCACUUGUUCUGCAACUGCAGCAACACUGCCCAACUCAAGAACUCUACAGAUGUAUUAAAGGCUAAGCCACGAUUACAGUGCAGUAAAUGCCAAGUGGAAACUGAUGGUUUUAACCCAUUAUACCCAAGGAAGUAUCUGCUACUACAUGUGUAUGUGUUCCCAAAAAAACAUUUGCAGCUUCUGCAGGUGUUUACGUUCUAAGAUGUACAGUUUUACAUUCGGUUAUUAGACCAGUGUUCAUUUUUAUUUUUUGUUGUGUGUAAUUUAUAGAAACCUGGCCCCGCAGUUUACAGGAAGUUCAAAGGCUGAAAUCCUGUAGUUUAUAGACACUGGUUUUCACACACAAACUGAUCAUUUAGGCCUGUGUUUUAAAAUAUGGGGCUAAUGCAUUUUUAAAAAAAUGGAUAAAUCUAAAGGAACACCCUAGUUUCUAUGGUGAUUGUUCCACUGAUUUACUCUUUAUACAUAGGCCCAAUAUUCUUUGCGUGCACACUUCAAUCUUUUCGGCAUAGAUUUAGUUAUUGCAAAAGCUUAUCAUCCUGUGAGCUGACCCCUGAAUUCAGACAAAAUGACUCUAUAAUCAAAUAUACCGGUUGUGUAAUGUUGUAACUGGUGUUACAUGAUUGUUAUAACCGUGGAAAAGAAGCCUGAGCACUUUAAACAUAAGGUGUUGUUUUUUUCUCCCUUUUUCUAAAAUGAAAUGCUCCUACCUUUUGAUUAGGCAGAAUUUAAUUUUCACACAAGUUUAUGGAUAGUUGGAUAAGAUUCGUUACGGUGAUUUUAGGGGAGCACAUUUUCCGUUACACUUUUUGCUUCCUGUUGUGUCAGUAUUGGUACUUUUAAGAGCAAGUGCUACAGGAAAACUCUUCUCCAAGCAGCAGAAUCUUGUAUUGUUACAGUGUCGAAAAACAUGUUAAUUACAUUAUGCUCAAAGUGUUUGUCUUAAUGUGUCCCUAAAUGAAAAGCAAAAAAUACCACUAUCUUAAAUUCUGUACAUUUUAUUGUUUAGUAUAUUGACAUUUGCUAUUUUGUUUUCUAUUUUGUCAUACCCGUAUCCAUCUUAAUGCAGAGCAAAUAAGGAUUAUCCGUUGGCUGUUUCGUUUAACACUUUUAGUGGCCAACAGGUGAAAAUUUCAAAAAGCAGGCUCUUCUGGCAUUGGAAGUAUUGAUAGAUUAUCGCCUCUUGUACAUCAGUUAUGUAAUCUUUCAUUGAAGAUACUGUUGAUAUAACUGCAGAUUUCUAGUGUGCAUCAUGUGUAUAUAAAAUAAAACUAAUUUAAGGGAUACAUGUGUUUCGCUGUAUGUUUACAGAUAAAUCAGACAUAUGGCUAUAAUUCCAUUUAUAAAAUGUAUUGUUCUUCUAGUUCCAAUAUCCAGGAUAGGCUAUGUAUGCCUUUGGGAUCUACUGAUAUUUAAUUGCAAAAUACAGCCACAUUUCUUUUCUCUCUGACUAUACUGAGAAAAUGCAAGUAUAGGUGUGUGUUUAUUAAACAG